AUGAUACUUUCUGUUUUGUCGAGCCCUGCUUUGGUCUCUGGUUUGAUGGUUUCACGUGCUAAAAAUCCGGUACAUUCCGUUUUGUUUCCCAUCCUAGUCUUUCGCGACACUUCAGGUUUACUUCUUUUGUUAGGUCUCGACUUCUCCGCUAUGAUCUUCCCAGUAGUUCAUAUAGGAGCUAUAGCCGUUUCAUUCCUAUUCGUUGUUAUGAUGUUCCAUAUUCAAAUUGCGGAGAUUCACGAAGAAGUAUUGCGCUAUUUACCAGUUAGUGGUAUUAUUGGACUGAUCCUUUGGUGGGAAAUGUUCUUCAUUUUAGAUAAUGAAACCAUUCCAUUACUACCAACCCAAAGAAAUACGACCUCUCUGAGAUAUACGGUUUAUGCCGGAAAGGUACGAAGUUGGACUAAUUUGGAAACAUUGGGCAAUUUACUUUACACCUACUAUUUCGUCUGGUUUUUGGUUCCUAGUCUAAUUUUAUUAGUAGCCAUGAUUGGGGCUAUAGUACUUACUAUGCAUAGGACGACUCAGGUAAAAAGACAGGAUGUUUUCCGACGAAAUGCUCUUGAUUUUAGGAGGACUAUAAUGAGGAGGACGACAGAUAACUCACGAUCUACUAAAAGGAAAGUUUCCGGAGAUAUUGGUUCGAAUCCAAUUCGUGAGAUAGGAUGGGAAGUAAGAGAGUAAGCAAGUUUCCCGCCUCUUGGUUUCCAGUCUCAGUGCCUGUUCUAAAGCAAGUGCCAAAAACAAGUUCUAGUGAAAGCUCGAAAGAAAGCUAUCUCUAAGCGAUAGGACUUGUGUACCCCGAGAAACGUAUUCCGCAGGACAGGAAAGACAAGUAUGGUAGAGAAGCUGUUUUCCCCCUCUAAAUGAAGAACCUGCGAAUAGUACUUGAGGCUUACACUUCAUCUCAACAGGUAAGGGCCCACGUGUGGAGAGUUUCUUUAACCAGUGGUAUCCAGUAUGACUUCUUUCAGGUUCUAUCCAAUCCAAUAUCACCUGAAAAAAAGUAUAGUUCUAGUUUCGAGGUCAGGUCCUUCCCUAACCCUAACGAGGAGGAGAGGACAAGAUAGCGUAUUUUUAGUCGAACUGGAACAUAAUUCUAAUUCCGUAUCGUAUCUCACAGUGAAGUUCCGGACUACACUACCAUAUUAUAUUAUCGGUGAAUGAAUUCCCGACUCCCGAGUGGUCAACUUAGAGGGCGCCCGCCUUUCCCGCAUCUUCGAGACCUCAGCUCAGCAGACCUUCGAGCCCGUCUCCUACUUCUGAGUCCGAUUCGGCUUCAGCAGCUAAUGUAGAUUUUGCCGAUUCUGCUUUUUCUUCAACAUCAACAGAUUCGUCAGCUGAAACUAAUUCCGCUUUAGCCUGAAUGAGAAAAAUAAGGGGGGGCCUUAAACAGGAUAGGGCAGGAUAGAUAAAAGGCUUUCUCUUUAAGUUACGCUACCGAUCCGAUACUAGUAUCGAAUCCACCCUUUGCUGCCUUUCGAGCCCUGAAACCUACCCUAUAUCUCUGUCCUGGCACUUCAUAGAAGAAGGAGCUUCCGCUGGAUUUACUCUGUAAGCUGGAGCCACACCACGAGUGCUUGACUGGACGAAGUCUGCUAGAAGCUCAUCCCAAGGAAGCUUCUUUGUCCACCUUUAGUCGAAGAGUUUGAUGACCGGAUGGAUGGCGCCUUCAUCAAAGGGGUAGCAAUCCAAGUGAUCCUUACAAGCAACUGCAGUCCCUGAUAAGGCAGCUAUGAUGGUAGGAACCCGAGGAAAAAAGAGUAUAGACCUUGGAGUUAUCCGCAGUGCCACGGCUCUCGCAUCUUUGGACACAGCAGAGAGGUUGUCUAGGGCGACAUUAAUAUGACAGAAUAUCUAUGAUGACUCCAUGUAAGCAAGACUAUAUAGUCAAAAAAUCCACCAUAUUAGCCUAAAAGCCUAUUAGACAGACAUCUGACUUUCUUUGGAAUUACGGUACUACCUUCCCUUUCCCUUCCAGGAUGUCUCAAUAAUGGGGCCUACCCAUAAGAUAAAAGAAGAUUUCCUUUUGCGGAUCUAUCUAUGUAGAAAAGGGGUGCUUCGGAUCGGGAGUAAUCACUAGUGAUAGGGCACUCGGGAUCGGUAGUGUUCCCCCCAUCCCUUAGUCGGUGCUCCAUAAUACGGCAGACAGACUACCCUACCUUUGAGGCUUAAUGAGGGGCUUUAGAAGCCUUUUGUCUUCUCUUAGUCUCUCCGCCCAUUCACGGAGAUUAUGAAUAUUUGUCUGGAUCAGUAGCGAGCUUACCUUUCUAUUCUCACUUACUACUAUUACGUAACUCUAUAUAAGCUCAUUAAGGAGUCAAUUAGAGAACUUCUGUAGCUAGCUUAAGGAGUCCUUUCUUUACUGUGUAUGAAGUUCUUCUAGAGUCAGUGAAAGGGGAGUUAACACCAUGAACUCUCUUUCCUUUCCCUACUUGUGACAUAACUCUAUUACCUCUUUCUCUUGGGCUUCCCUUACUUGUGGCAUAAUUCAAUACCUUAACUCACUCCUUAACCGUUCAGGCCUAUCGACUAGAUAUGCCCUCACUUCCCUUCGAGAGCAAUCAAUGGGUCAGUUAACGCAGUAAGAAAGUACUCCCUUCGGGUUAGCUUAGAAAUAACUCCAACUCCUGAUUGAAGAACUUCAUUAACAUCUUGACUCUUAACUAACUUAGUGGCAUAAGGUUAUCAAAGUAAUAAGUUAAAGUAUGCGUGAGACUCUAUUAACUCUUAACAGCUCCCUCUAUUAGGGGUCUCUCUUUAACCCUGGCUAGCUCGGCUGCUCUAACUCUCGGGUUUAGCCCUAUCCCCUACUCCAGCAACUCCUAACUCAUAACUCUUAGCUCAUACCCGGCCUGUGACCGAUUACCUUACUCAUAAGCUCUUAACUCAAACCAACUAACUCCUUAACUCCCUUAGCUCGAUAACAACCCUUACCUUAGGCUCUUGUUGAAAGUAAAGAGUCCGAGGAAAAACCCUUAAGCAUCGCUUCCUUCUUAACUUGUUGAAUUCACUCACUUAACAACCAAUUACGUAACUCUCUCUUACCCGGUUACGAACCUAACUAAACUAAUGCUUGUUCGAUCGUGUCCCUUGAGGUAUGAGUCAGUUAGCGGGAGAGAACUCCUUAACUCAAUAGCUCAUUAGCUACCCUUGCUUGUGGCCUAUUAGAGUCAAGACUUCUACUUUAUGAUAUUUUUCGUGAGUUCAACAACAAACAGUUACAGCUGGUGAAACAACAGGAAAGGACAGAGACUCUAUAACGUGCUUGUGACCGAUCCAUUACUUUAAGUAGUCAGUGAAAGCAGUUGUUAACACAUGCCCUAACUAUCUAUCUAAUAGGGCCUAGCUGCUCUUUCAUACCUUACUGCUGACCGAUCUUCAGCUACUAACUCAAAUACCCUACUUGAAGACACCUUAGCAUCAAAAGCAAUAAUCAAGCAAGCAGAUGAACGAACCAAAGGCAGAGGUGCUACCAAGCUAGCUCAAACAAGAUUGAAAGCAGCAUCUCCAGAGGAUGCUAAAGCAGUCAAAGUCCUAACUAGGAGCUCGUAACUACUCUAUUGCUUACCCAACUCAUGCAAUAAUAGUCUUCUCGGGGUUCGUGACCUAAGAGAAUAGGCAACAUAAACUUCAAGCUUUGCUUCUUUCCCUUCUCUGGAUAGGGGUCGCUCCUAUCGGUGACAUCCUCAACAACUCCAACAACAUUAACUCUCCUUUCCAAUUCAGUUAAAGCAGGAGUGAAAACUACAGCUGAAACUGGCUUAGAAAUAGGUGCAGCUCUUCGCUCUCCAACUGCCUUAAGACAAGACCGGUGAUAGGAUUCAUUUAAAGAAGAAAGCUCGGGAGUCAGUUCAUGUCUUUGUUCUCUUCCCCUAUCCCUCUUAGUUAGGAAGGGGUCGAGCUUAGCUCAUGAGAUCAACUCAUCUUUUAACAACAAGGGCAAGAACUCUAUUAGUUGCUAUUUUACUCACUUACCUUGUGACAGAUCUAGGAUUCUCUCGUUCGGGCUUAGUCCGUAACUCUAUUCUUAACUCCUAUCAAGUAUUAACUCAUAGCUCGGGAGAUAACUCUAUACCUUACUUGCUUGGGACCGAUCUUGUCUUCUCCCUACUUUCUUUUAGGGCUAGCUCCCACUCGUUACUAACUCAUACUCUUUCAUACCUUACUUGUGCCUCUAACUUAAGAAGCAGGUUAAACAAGACUAACUCGAUUAACUCUUUCCCUACAACCGUACUUGUGACACUAAUUAACUUACUUAAGACCCUAUAAGCACCAUCCUCCCCUAUUAGAUUAGGGCUCUUGGAGAAAGUAAUGAGUCUUGACUUGGUACGAAGGGAUCGAUCAAAUCAAUACUUUUUUAUAGUCUUGACAGAAGGGCUAAUGUUAUCGUAAUAGAUUACCCAGCACGAGGUUGAACUAGACCCCGCACAGCAAGGAACGAAGUAACUCGACCAACGGGAGAGGAACAGAGGCCGAACCCAGUGCAAGGAGGGAAAGAAGUCUUACUAGAACGCCCUACUCCCUUCAUGCUCCCCCGCUUACAAGCUAGCCAGAUUCUGUCUUCUUCUAAACCUUUUCUCUAUCUCCCACUUCUUUUCCAUUGAGGACGGCAACUCCUUACCUUACUAAGGCAUACUUUCACAAGUACGGGUUUCAAACUUACAGGAGUCUCUUGCAUUUUGAGUACCUGAUCCUUAUGUAGCCAGACCAAGGCUAAACCUCCUCGAACUCUUACACCCGGAGUCCCCUGUCAGAACUCUUAACCGGACACCUGAGUUAACAACCUGGAGCAAGAACACUCUGUAACCCAAUGCCUAUAACUCCGAACUCCCUGACUUAUGGCUUCGCAACUCCUAGCUUCAGGAAUAGUUUAAGGUUUAGAAACCUUAGAGAAAAAUCCAACAACCCCUUUUAUUCCUCAAGACAGGAGUCCCAGACAGGUUAGUGAUUAGUAUUGGAUGGAUUAUCUAGUUAUUAAUUCACCCGAUGGAAUCAUACGAGCCGGGAAGGUUCACAUUGCCGGAAACGAGGCUUUUCCCAUGUCUCCCGAACACGAAGCCAAUUGAGAUGAAAGCUUAUAAACAGGGAAGAUAAGAGGGCAUCGGAUAGGAACUCAUCAGUAUGAUUCUUUUUUUAAUGACUAGUCUCUUCCCUUUUCCCUUUACUUCAAGUAAAUCUAACCGAGCCCAAGCUAACGCCCCCUAUUUCUAAAGGGGUCCCUUAAGAACUUCAUAUAAGUGAAAGGUUGCUUUUAGGAGUGAUCCCUCACUCUGAAACAAGCCGGUGGUGAUCUCACUUUCGAAAGAGAGUCUCGACGUGGCGGUGUACACGUAGCGCCUAUAGCAUAAAGCCCGAAACCGCCUUCUUCCUCAGCAUCCUCCUUUUCUGGGUCCUUGUCAGCUUAGAUGAUUUCAGUUAUGCUGGACUCUCUCUCUCCUACAGCCUCCUUCUCAGGUCUCGCUUUCUGUGCGACAUGAACCCACUGAUUGGAAGACAAUACCUAUAGGGGGCUGGUAAUUCAAAUCCGAAUAAGCUGGUCAAGUAGAAGGAACUCCCAGAGUGUGAAGCCCUUUGGAGUAGGGGGAUGAGACUUGGUCUGGGGCAAUUGCACCGUUCUCUCCCUCCGCACAUGACUAAUCGAGAACGAACUUCGCAAUUAGAAUUACUCGACCUUCUCAGGCACUGCGGAAUGGUCCCAGAAAGGAUGAGAAAAGGGCUGCUGCCGGGCUAGGCUCCAUAAGGUAAGGGCGCUUGCUGCCUAAACCAUUAGGGGGCUAGUGAGUCCAAAGAGGCAGAGUCAAAGCAAGGACUUAGAGUUAGCAAACUGGCAUACUUCACUAAAUAAGUCUAAGCCGGAAAGCAGGCAAAGUCUAGCUGCCUAUUCGAUUCCUUAAGUCCCAGAUGUCAUCUUGAAGAUUUUCCUUCUUGUCCUGCAUAUAUAUAAGGCAUGAAGAGAGAACAAUUGGGAGAUUGAGUCCCCCCCGAUUGCUCCUUUCCACCAGCUGUCCCUCUUUGUUGUGCGCUUACCGGAGAGUGGGACGGGUAUAGAAGGAUGUCCUCUGUGAAAGGCCCCUUGGAAUCCAAGGAUACUUGAUAUUCUCCUUUCCUUUUUCAAAAAAGUGGUGGAAGGCAGUCCCGAGACUCUAAUAAUCAGUGGACUGCUCGCCGCAUUGAUUCUAUCUUUAUCCCCGGAUGGAUAUUGAUGGAUUCCUAGUACCGACCUUACUUCAGGGUCGGGGUCAGGAAGAGAAAAGAUUCGACCUGGUUCAGGUUCACCUAUAUACCAUUAAGCAAAAACGAAAGCAAGUUUAGGGUUAAUUUAGCUAUUUCCCGACUUUCACUUCAAGCUUUUGAAAGGAACCCAACUCAAAGCAUUCAGUCUCAAAGGAUCUCAUCGGGAAGCACUCUGUCCAGCAGCCCAUGUUCUACACUGGCUUAAUGGCUUGGUGGAUGUCAGAGAGAGAGAGGUUUCAACUCUUAUCACUCUUUCUUUGACGGCCGUUUGAAGACCAACCAGCACAAGAAUUGAGUUCUAACGGAAGCGUCAAGACUUUUGACCAAAACGAGGUGCAGGAUCGAUAAGCAGCUCAACCUAUUCGCAAUUUAACUAAACCUGAGAGAAUUUACAUCGGAGAACAGGCCAAUGGCCCAAACAAACGAGAAGAAAAGAUAGGGGUCGGCCAACAACUGGCACGCUAGCCUCCCAUCGACUAGGGCCAAGACAGGUAGAGGAGGGAGGUACGAGCUUCUUCUUUUUUCUUUUCUUAUACCUUUUCCUUCUCUUCCUCUAUCUCUAAAAGGGCAGGGGCAGCAAUUCCCCUUAUGAAGAUCUUUGGGCAUCUCUCUCCUGGUGAGCCUUAGUUUAGUACGGAUGAUAGGAUGUCGGGAAUAGCCUUCAAAGAGCGUAUUCUUCCUCCCUCUACAAAGAAUGGAAGUCUUGGCUGAUUCAACUCAAGCAAGAACAGCAUCUAUUCCUUCAACAGCUGUUAUGUUAGGGUAGGGGCCUUUUUCCUCCGUUUAACGACGUCAUAUAGGUAAUCAGCCGCAUGAGUACCUGAAGACGUCUUAAAGGGAACUGUAGGCCAUAAAAAUGCGUAUUCAGAACCUCAUGUUAAUGAUUCCCUAUCUGGUUUGUUAAACGGUGGUUAACCAGUAAGAACAUUUGGAAGGGUUCCAGGAUUCAAGGUUCCUUACCUUAACCGGAAGAGUCAGAGAAGGAAGAAGAGCUGGAAGCUAGAGAGUUGCUGCCUAGCUACAAAGCCUGGAUUUCCAUGACAUACUCAAAAUUUGUUUCUUAUUCAAUGGUGAGCUGAUGAAGAUAUAGGGAAAGAACUCCCUUCUUUCUUAAUGCCUAAAGAUAGGGUAAAAAGAGAAGGGGACUUCCCAGAAGGAGAGUGGAAGCCCAAGAGAGAAUCAGUCGUUCCAAUCCCUGACUUCCAUUCCUGACUUAUCCCAGCUCGGGAGGACAGGGGAAGACUCAUAAAAAAGUAAAGUAUGACAAAACGAUUAGCUGCGAACAAGAAGAAGCUCUUCAAGGAGUUCUCACUUCUGGCCACACCAACCCUUUCAACUCCGAGAUGGAUUUCUCAAUCAACAUCUAUAAAGCCACACCCGGCCCUUCUUUAAGUCCUCUGCUUCCUUCAGUCACCCGAGUUCGGCUAAGGUUACCGAAAACCUGUCAUAGCUGGUUAAAGUAUAACAUUCUACUUAUGGUCCAGGGUACCGACACCAGAAAUCAGCCUUCAAGAUGCGUGAAAGAAGCGAAGCCCAAGGGGACGUUUGAAAGAGGUAUAUUUGACGCCCUCUCUUAUGUCGAUCUACCCAAUCAUUCUUUAGUUUUGAGUAAAGGGAUGAAUAGGUGGUAGGUGAAUUAGAGGUAGUUCAUGUGUUCGCCGGUCUAUCACCAUAUCCGUAUCGCUUAAGCUGUUGUCCAUCUAGGCUUGUAAGCCUUCCAAGUAUCUUCCAGUCUUCUAUGGUCCAGCCGUCGUAGUUAGUUAUCCCAUUCCCCCGUCUGUCCUUAGUCUGUUAUCAAGUAGGGUGCUGAGUUUUCGCUUUCCCGAAUGCUUUUCAACAAGCUUUGCUUCGCCCUGCACAUGAUUGGUCUAUGUCUCUUUUCAUUUUAAGGCGUAUACCCAUUUUUGGGACUUUCGAUCAAGAAAGGCCUUUACGGCGGGAAGCGCACUUUAUUCUCAUUCGAUUUGUCUUAGGCCACCUAUUCAUCCCUUUCCUCAAAAGAAAAGCAAUUCCCCCUGUUUUCGAAAGGUAGUAUUCCAAGUCGGGAUUCCGCAGGGAGUAGCUUUUAGCAUUUCCUACAUUGAAGCUGACCGAUAACUCCCGGAGCUGGAGACAGGGGCCCGCUAUUCCUUCAGAAACCGGGAAUCCGCAAGGAAGGAUAGGACACAGAAGGAGGACCUAAACUAAACUUCCUCAGUCCUUGACUAAUGACUAAUUCUGGCAUUAUAAACUGCCGGGAAAACAAAGUCUAGCUAUUUAGUUGAUACCCGUCUACAUUAGUCUUGAGAUUGCUCUUGCAAGAAAGUCCGUAGAUACGAAGCUAGGGAAAGCCUUAUAUUAGAAUAUUGUCUGACUAGGCCUAUAUCUUCAGCGGGAGGAAGGAAAGUUGCUAGGGCCGUAGGGCCGGCACACUAACUUCAUCUUGCAAUACUAACCGAAUUUUGCGAUUAGAAGCAUAGACGCAACCAAUCCGCAACGCGUAUCCCCCGAGAAUCGGGGAGUAUGUCCUCUUUCCUUAGAGACCUGAAGGUCGCAUGUGAGGCAGGCACUCGAUGCCAGCUUCAAAUAAAGUAAUAAAGUCUGGAACGGACAACACCCUGCCAUAAUGAGUUUCCCCAUUUUAGCCCUAUAAGAUAGGGGAACACAGGAAUUCAAUCCUUCCCUUUCUAAUAAGAAAGAAAGUUUCCUAACGCGGAGUGACAGCAUAGCGUUUGAGUUCCUUUGCUAGAGUCACACUCGAGAGCCUCACAUUCUUCUUUCUAUACGUGACAUCUCUUCCUUGUACUUAUAUACGUAACCAUCCCGGAGCAAAUCAACCUUAUUUCGACCGGUAACGCCGGAAAUAACCGAUCUCGCUACCGGGUGAGGGAAGAAGAGCUCUACCAAGAGGUUCACUCUUUUCGCAUGACUUUCUUUCCUCGACAAUAACGAAUAAAGUAGUCACAAAGGACUCUAAGCCUUAGAACAAACAGAUCUAUUCACGUCCUCCGCUAAGAAUCUCUCAGAUUCGGUUCUUGAAUCUUCCCCGGCCGUAGCCUAGGAUUAAGAGCGACAUCCUCGAUGUCAAACCCCUGCUGGCUGGGGUGGGAAAUCUCUACUCUCCAAGAGACGUUUCCUCACCUAGUCCCGGAGACCUAACCUAACGGCUGGGACAGAAGAAAGAUCGGGGAACCUGCUAGCCUAUUCGUUAUGGGGAAUCAAUGCGCCAAAGCUAUCGGCGCUGACCGCGUCCAUCUUAUCUUCUACGGGGUAGGUAGAUAGGAAUGGUCCUCUUUUGCUACCAUCGAGCCGAUGGUCUUCGCCUUCGGUGACUUCUCCAGGAGGAUGGGAAAGUCAAAGUAGCCGCUCAACACUCACGAGGGGGAUAGCCUACGCUAAUCACGCACCUCCAAAGAGGCAUCGAUACGUCUUUCCCCGUUGAUGAAGCCCGGAAGAAAGAGACUUGCCACUCCUGUUAGUGAGAGAGUGGUCACAGUUCGUCACCUCGGUGCCAUGGGCUUCUCUGAAAGAGAGGGUAAGGUUUCGGCUAGGUGAGGAGACCGCAAGAGCCAUAAUAAAUCAACAUUGGGGCUUCAAGUCCCACAACCUGUGCAGAUUUAUAAGCCAGGGUACAGAUAGAUCGAAAUUCGCGCUCGGGUGUGAAUUGGUAGCUCACAAUCUCUGAAUUCGCAUCGCCAGAAGGCUUAGAAAGGAUAGACAAUUCCUUGGGUGACCGAGGGGCUCUCGAUAAGAGCACAACCUUUCGCCUCGACGAGGCUAGUCCAGAGUGGAAGCUAUCCGGGUAAAGUGCUGACCACGGAGUUCCUAUGCUUAACCAGAUUAAUAGGAUUGGAAAAACUCCUCGUCUGCACCUCCCAUAGAUAAUGCGACAUCGGUCGAGGCUUGUGACAAAGGAGGGGGAACAAUAAAUUUCCUUGCCUGCCUGCAGGUAGUUAAACCUAUAACCACUUAGCAAGGGACCGAACUCAGAUGACAGAAUAAUUCAAUUGAGUUUCUCCUUUCGCCUGUCGACAAUGAAUAGGUUGGUAGGAACCCUCCUUUAGUUUCACACUGGGGAGAUCUCGACUCUUAGGAGAGGGCUUUGAACCUAUCUUUUCUCUAAGAGAAAGGUGACUGCCCAGUCUUUAAUCUGGGGGCUAAUGACUUAAAAAAAGAAAGAGGGGAGGGGCUAGUCCAACUAACAACUGAACCCCUCAAGCGAACGAGUAGUGAAGCCUUACCCAGAUCGAGAUGAGAAAGAAAGGGCAAUUCUCAAGCUAGACCCACACAAAUGUUUAAUCGAAAGCUCUGUCAUCCUUCCCCAUACCAGAUUGAAAACAACAACCUUGAGUCAUCUAUUGAUUGAGGAACCGUACCUGUCACGUUGAACCAUGUCUGUCAACGGUGAAAGAUAGCCUAAAGUGAGGGCCCCGGAGAUAGGAUUUCUCAACUGUCGAUCGACGCGACAAUCAUGCCUGCUUGACAAAGCCUUUUUCAGUCUCCCAAUAAACGAAAAAGGAUUGCUGGUGACACGAAAGCUGUGCUCGACGCUCUCUUUCCUAUUCCACUGCGCUAAGUGGUCUUUCCCUUGCUGGCUGGAUGACUACUAUGGACAAAGAUGACGACUACUCCCAGUCUCUGGUCAAUCCAUGCUGAUGCUAGAAUUGCUUUUCCCCCCGCCCAUACCUGGGAAGAGAAAGUACAACCUCUGCUGCAUCCUAUCCUCUACUUUAGUUGAAUUCUUUUGUUCUAGAAUCACAGACAUUGGCUAAAGAUACCACAGACUUUCUGGUUAUGUCAUACUCUAUUCUAUCUACUCUUACUGACCUUCCCUUCGAGCAGACUAAGAAGAAGAAGCCCACGUAGCGGUAGCAGCUACGACUUCUUCCUUCUGGGCUUACUUGCCAAGUACAAUAGCAACGGAUUCUGUACCAGCAAACCAUAUUUAACCGGGUGUUCCCUCUCCGUUCUAGCUUUCUAAAUAAGUCAGAUCGGUGCCUUUUCUCCGGGAAGACUCCUCAAUCAGUUAAUCCAGAUCCGGAAGUCACUUCGCUACCUGCCGUGUUGAGUUCUGCCUUCUUUAAGGUAAGGGGAGCGAAAGUCAUAAAGGAAAUGAAAUCCAACUCCCAGUCUCAUUUACUGCUAACCAUAGAAAGAAGAGCAACCGAGCCCAACGAACCAAAGAAAAGAUUUGAACCCAUGAAAAGCAUAGCCAUCCCAUAUGACUCUAGAAAUUCCUUAAGAAAGCGAGAGAGCUCAGUCCUAAAAGCAGAUCGCCCUGCGCUCCUUGAAUCUUUCUUACUCCGUCUACAGAGCAUGCCACUAUGCGUAAGACAUUGAAAUGGAAUGGCUAGCAAGACACUAAAGCAGGAAAGGAGGAAAGCAGCUUCCAAAGGAAAAGGGCAAAGACUGACUUGAUUCUUUGCUCUUCGAUCUCGCUACUCGCCCCUAUUCGAUAAGUAAAGGAGAGGGCUUAACGCUCCUGCGCUGAAAGCAUCAAACUGGAUUAGAUAUAAGCCUUUACCCGAAAGAGAUGAAAGCCAAUGGAAGAAGCGUAUGAGUUGAAAGCAAAGAAUGAAACUAAUCAAACUAAUGAGCUGUUAGGGGAGCAGUACACUAGAGGUAAGAUUCUCUCAGCAAGACUGAAAGGAGAGGAAGCUCAGAAGUGAGUUGAUAGGUAAUGAUCAAUCCUGCUGUGUUUCUGGCAUUGGUUCUGUCAAAAUCAAGAUGCACGACGUUGUAGUAAGAACUUUUACUGAGGUGCGGCAUGUUCCAGAUAUGUCAAAGAACCUUAUUUCGUUGACCACAUUGGAUCUCGGUGGUUGUCUGUUGGCGGUGAUGGUGUUUUAAAGGUUGUAAAAGGCGCUCCAGUUGUGAUGAAAGCUCAUCAAGUUGGUAGCCCCCUAAUGGUUUAAUACGUGUUGUGUUACAAGGAUCUACCGUUAUAGGCACUGCUGCUGUAUCUUCCUCCAUGUCUGAUUCAGAAGUCACUAGACUAUGGCAUAUGAGGCUGGGACAUAUGAGUGAGAAGGGUUUGACAUUGUUAAGCAAGAGGGGUCUUCUUUCUGGUCAGAGUACAUCCAAGUUGGAGUUCUGCGAGCGUUGUCUCUUUGGCAAGCAAAAGAGAAUCAGUUUCAACUCAGGGCUUCACAGAACUAAAGGUACUCUUGAUUACAUACAUUCUGAUCUUUGGGGCCCAGCACGUGUUCCUUCAAAAGGUGGUGCUCGGUAUAUGCUUACCUUCAUUGAUGACUACUCCAGGGGUUUAUUUUAUGAAAAAAAGAGUGAUGUGUUUGUCACUUUUAAGCAGUGGAAGGCUUUAGUUGAAAAACAAACAGGCAAGAAGAUUAAACGCCUUCGCACUUAGGUUAGGUUAGAAUUUUGUGAUGGUGAUUUCCACAAAUUCUGUAAAGAUGAAGGCAUUGUUAGGCAUCUUCCACACCUUAUCUUGCAGAGGCACUCCACAACAGAAUGGUGUCGCUGAGCGGAUGAAUAGAACUUUACUGGAGAAAGUUCGUUGCAUGCUAUCUAAUUCUGGCUUAUCCAAUGAUUUUUGGGCGGAAGCAGCUUCUACAGCUUGCUACCUAGUGAAUCGUUCUCCAAAUGCUUCUAUUGACUGCAAGACUCCAGAAUAAGUAUGGUCUGGCCACCCUGCUGAUUAUUCUGAGUUAAGGGUAUUUGGAUGUCCUUUAUAUGUUCAUGUUAAUGAUGGCAAGUUGGAACCUAGAUCCAAAAAAGGCAUAUUCAUUGGUUACCCAGCAGGUGUAAAAGGAUACAAGGUUUGGUACCCUGAUCCAAAGUCACCUAAAUCUGUAAGUAAUCAGUAGAGAUGUUGUGUUUGAUGAGUCAGUCAUGCUUCAUCAGAAGAAGGAGCCUUCUAAUUCUGAUGAGACAAGUGUGAAGAAUUCAAGUGAGCAGGUGGAGUUUGAGGUGGAGAAUACAAGUUCUUCACAAAAUGAUUCACAAUCAAAUUCAGUCCAGCUAUCUACUUCAGAGGAUGCAGAAGAUUCACCAGAGCAGAGGUGGAGUCUCUCCAUAGGAAUAAAACAUGGGUUUUAGUUAAACCGCCUAAAGACAAGAAAAUUGUUGGCUGCAAAUGGGUCUUCAAAAGGAAGGAGUCCUCUCCGGGAGAUGAAGGAGUCAAGUAUAAGGCUCGCUUAGUUGCAAAAGGAUACAGUCAGGUACCAGGUGUAGAUUUUAAUGAGGUUUUCUCACCUGUAGUAAAACACUGUUCCAUUCGGGUUCUGCUCGCAUUGGUAGCCAUGUUUGACUUGGAGUUGGAACAGUUGGAUGUCAAAACAGCUUUUCUACAUGGUGAUUUGGAGGAGCUGAUUUAUAUGCAGCAACCUGAGGGAUUUCUUGUUGAAUAUAAGGAAGGAGGAAAGCUCACAAGGGGAGUUACUUGACUUAUUACUCUUACUGAGACUGACUACUAACUACUAAGAGACAACUAUCCAACUUGCUCAACUCUGAACUCGAACUCAGCAGAAACCUUACUCUUUACUGCUUUCUCAAGCCUACGGGAGAGGAUUGACACCGAUAGGGGGUACCUCGGAAGAUUGAGUAUAUUAGGUAUAGAUAGGUAUUCACUUGCUCGCCCACUUAUCCAUGCAAGGAGAAGUCUGAGAGAACUUACUCGAAGAGGGAGGAUGGAUGCGAAUGAGCUGCAAGAAUGCGUAGCGAGAGAAAGUCUUAUCGACCGAUAGCGACAGGGUUGACUUAGUGUUUGGUCACUUCCUUGCUUGGCUACCUCAGUAGGUCCUUCUUAGGCAUGAGCCGUAGCCUUAGUCAGUAAGGAUGGGAGGGGGCUUACUAUUAGAUAGGGACUCAGGAAGUUCAUGGGAAGAGGUUAGUGUAAGAGAUCAUCUUUACGGGGUUGGAGUCACCGAAGUGAACGAUAGGCAAGAGAAGACACAGGAGUUAUCAUCAUGGUAUAGUAUUUUAAUCGUUGUGGUGUGGGUGAUUUAUAGCGGUAUAAGAUAAUACCCUUAUCCUAUACUUCUACGCCGCCCUGGGCCUUACCUCUCUAACGGUGAUGAGCUGGGUUCGCUACCCCAUAUACGGAUCAUAUACUCCUUAAGAGGCUCAUUGUAGAGAGGGCCUGUCCUUGAAAAGGAAGUAGCUGAUAUAGUAGCUUCUUAUAUAGUCAGUUCUCCCGGAGCAAGAGGCGGGGAAAUAGGCUGAUCUUUGAUUUAUUCAUUUUUACGUCCCCCUUAAGGGGAAUGGAAUCAUAGGGCAUUUGAGCAGGUCACGCGAAGGCAAAAUGACACUUCUUUCUAACUUUCCUUAUAGCUCCCGUGUAAGUAAAUCUAACUACCUGCUGUAAGUCUUUAUUACUUCCAAAGCUUUCUCCUUCCAGUUAGGCUGAAGGACGUCUAACUAAAUCCUAAUCGUUUGACUUCUUUACGUCUUCGCAUUCUUUAAAGCAGAGGGUAAGAAGAGAGGAAGAAAGAGCAGCAAGCUGCAAGAGCAUCCUAUUUAGUCCUAUAUUAGAUCUUAGCGCAAAAGCUAGUACUUUAGAGUCUAUUUUGGUGCAUUCCCCAGCUUCAUCUGAUAAGGGAGGCCUGGAAGUUGCAGUUUCAUUCCCAUCAGUUGGAUCCCUAAGGCUUAAAAGAAGAAAGUCUGUCAUUUACCCUGCUUCCGGAAGUAAGAAAGAAUCUAUUCCUAUCGGAGAUUCCGUUUUUGAUUUAGAGUUAGACUACACGUCCAGAGAAAAGUAUUGAUAUCGUGUUACGAAAGCCAACAAUCAGUAUUGAGAUUGAGAAGAUUAAUCGGAGAAAACAAGUAGUAUUAGAAUACACGCCCUACCUUAGCUUCCUCUAUCUAUGAAAGCCCGCUUUAAAGUCAAGUCAGGCAGUGGAAAGAAAGUCAGUCAGAAGAUCAGGCUGAGAUGAGAAAACUAUUGAGAUUUGUGUUCAAGCCCUUACUUUACAGAUCGGGGACUAAAGGCAGUUGAAAGCAGUCUUCUAUUUAUAGGUUUGAGUUAGACGCCGAGCUAGCUUCGUUUAAGUCUUUUAGCUCUACCUCUGCCUUCGAUUCCUCUAUGGCAACCUCAGCCAUAAACUAACUAUCUAGCUUCUUAGGGCUUAGCUACUUUAUCCGCUAGAGGAAGAUAAGCUGCCUUGGCCAAAACCCUUCGAAUCUCUUACCCAAAACCCUUUUUACGGGCUUGCAGGUACAGGCCAUACAGCUGGUAGUAUGAUUUCUAAGUUACACGGGAUCUAGUAUUGAAGGAAAGCUAGAAAGCUAAUUGAUAUUGAGUUACAGGGGAUUCCCCCAUAUUCUAGAUAAAUAACCCCCAUUCUAUUACUACACCGCUCAUCUAACUAAAGAAUCUCUUUCAACACCAAUUGAUUCUCAUCCAUAUUCCGUUGAAUCACUUAAUAGUCCCUUUUAAUCUAUUACAAGACCUAGGAUUCAAUGCCACUAGGAUCAACUCUUCCUAGCCUUCCCUGAACUACUCUAUCGGAAAGCAGCAAAAGCAGAGAAAGAGCUUGAGGUGAAAAGAGAGAUCGGAGAUUUAUCGAUCUAUUGAGUUACGUUGAGACAAUACCGACCUUCUUCAUCUUCUCUGAUCUUUCCCGGCGGGGGGAUUCUAUUCCAAUGCCCAAAUCCCCUCCUUACUCAGCGGAUCUAGUAGGAAAGGCUGUAAUUAAGGAUUGCCAAUCAGCUUAUUUAGGAUUUCGUUCCGAGAAGCAGGUAAACGAAAAAUGACCUUGUCUUGCAAUGGAGCUUGGGGCCUUACAGGCUGACCUUCAUCUUUCUAUUUUCUUGCGUGAAAGCCAUGACUUAGAUUGAGAUCUUUUAGGCAGGGAAUAAGAGCUCGAAGGGCUAACUAAAGAAGUAGCAGUUAAAGAAUUCCCAUCAGUUGGAUCCGGAAGUAAGAAAGUCUAGUAAGGCAGGAGCAUUACGAAAUCAUAAGCUGCAAAGAAGUCAUAGUCAACCGGGGAGCUCUAAUGAAUUGAUUUAGCUCUUAAAGAAUUCCUUUUUGAAGAAGGGCAGAAAGUCAAGUUAGAAUCAUUCUCUUUUGUUCUUACCUAAAAGGAAGUAUAGCAAAGGCAGAAAGCUUAGUCUCAAGCCGGAUGAGUUCUAUUUAGUGUUACUACGGGGCCGUCCUUAGAUCAGGAUGAGCACAACGACCUGAGAUUGAGAACCUACCUUUUUUCUUUCUAUUUGUGUGAAGAAAUCCCGUCCUUGAGAAUCCUCGAUCUUGAGAUUGUUGUGCAUUAUUCCAGUCCAGAAGUUCAUUCCUCUCAUAAGGCAAGAGGGCCUUAUGAGUUGAGAAGGCGAAGGACCUAGCAACCUCUAUUUAGUUACGGAAAUCAGGUAAUCUGAUCCUUCGGAGGACAGAGAAGAGUUUACAGCUUGAGGUGAGGAAGGUUACUAUUUUUAUUUUUGUGUAUUAAAGUCCUUACUAGAGUCUUGAAGUAAGUUGAAGUAAGAAAGAUUGAGUUGGAGGAAUCCAUAGGAGGCCCGCCCGUUAUGCAUUGCAUGAAAGAACCUUUCUUUGUAUGACUUCUCGGUCGAAUGAAUACGAAAUAGGACAUCCGCGGGUGCUGGUAAGCUUGAUGAAUGAAAGCUUGAAAUUCAAGGUCGUUGUCAAGACAAGAAAAGGUUUUUUCGGGAACAAAAGGAACAGCUUUAUCAUCACUAUGUAGGUUGUAUCCGGGAAAGGAAGCUAUGUCCACCUCAUCCCCCCUCCCAAGGUACUCAUAGAAUAGGCUCCACCUCCGUGAUACUUGGGGAGAUUAUGACAGAUCUUUAGUGGGUCUUUCCUUUUAGGAGCACCUUCCAACAUACUAUCUAUGCUCUAAGCUUCUACUUUCGCACCUCGGGUCCCAGAUCAAUUUGAUCGUCGAUCUGUACCUUCAUUCGUACAUGCAUAUGGAUCUUCAACCCCGAGAUCCUCUAUGAGAUCUUUUUCCAGAGAAGCCCCUGCAUAUGUUGCCCUUAUCUAUUCAUGGUGUAAUUUUUCUAUCUGGUAAGUUUCGAGCUUCUUUAACAAGAGAUAAAUGCUUCUGAAAGCUAUCUUAUUAGCGCUCGUGCCCCAUCAUCCCAUGGGUCACUUCACUCUCCGUAGGGGGAAGCAGAGUUCUUUCCCGGGUAAGAAUGAGGAUUUGAGUUUUCCUUAUCCCGGGGGUGCCCCCCAGACCCCCAGCGCUACUACUUAAUACCUUAGCUUGAAAGCCAACGCUUGCUAUUCCACAAACUUCUCAUUUCCCCUCUUAUCUUAUACAUCAUAGUCGUACUCAACUUCUUCUCUCGUUUGUGCAGAGUUAUGGCUUUACCCCUUCUUUCGAUUUUUCUCAUAAGAGAAGAAAGUUUCUAGACCCAGGGUACGCUUAUGGUUUGGUGGUUGGGGUGGGUCCACUCUUCCCCCUAAUAAUAUUGUCCUCUAGGUGUCUAUGUCGACUCAGAGCGAUAGUGAGGCAGAUUCACGGAAGCAGGUGGCAACCUGGCGCUCGCGGACCUGUUUAUUUUGAUGGUAUUAGAGUCACCUCGCUUUCUAGCAGUGCUCUUACCACUUAGCCUAUAUCUUGUGUUUAGCUAAGGUAAGUUUUCUAGUUUUAGUGACCAUGAAAUGAUGUCACUUGCCGCCUGGUGAUGACUUGCACCUUAAACAAGUAAGUCACGACCAUUGUAUGGAUUGCUGUCAGCAGUACCUGUUUUACGCUCUGGUUUAAUUUGAAUCCAAAACUCUUCUGUCGUGCCUCAGGCCUUACAACUUCGUUGAAAUAAGAGCCGAAGCACCAAUCUCUUUUGCUUUGAAUCCUAGCAUCCACUCUAUGAAAGGUUAAGGGUUGUCUUUUUCUGUACCUAAAACUCAAAUGCUAGUCUCAUUACUCGUGGAAAGUUCACUACGUUGGGUUUUAUUUGGUGAUUGUGGUGUUAUCGGGCACAAAGCCGAGCAUUGUAAGGCUGCGAAGAACCGCAGGUUUGGGUCGAGCUCUAGCCAAUCCAAUAAUUCAAGUACAGGUGUGGACUGAUCAACUUGUCGAUGUGAUCAAAUCCCCUUAAAGACGUGUUUAAAGCUGCUUAAAGCCUCAAAGGCAAUAGAGCAAGGAAAGAAUAGAUACCCUACACAUUUAGGAUAUCGAUUGGUAGUUACCCAUUGUUUCAAGAAGGUUUACAUUAUCAUUCCAUUUUUCCUUGUAUGAGGCCCUUACCUGCAAUGUGGGAAGUGCAGCCUCUCUCAGUGAGGAGACAGGAGCUCUAGCUUAGAUACGGUCCCUAGGUAUGGGGAUGGGGUAGUAAAGAGAUAGUAUGAUAUUCAUCAUAACAUAAAUAAGAGACCUUUGAGUAUACUCUGGUCUCUUUGGCUAUUCCUGCAUAAAGCGAAGUAUCUCGUCGUAAGAAUCGAAUGUAGCCCUUUCCAAAUCGUUGGUACUAAGUUACUAACUUUUCUGGAUGGCUUUCCCCUUUCGUAACUAUGGAUGAGCUUGUCAUGCUACCAUUGCAUCCCCAAAAAAAUGUGGAAGUCAAGUGAACAGUUGAAAUCGCACUGUUAAAGUCUUUUGAAAGUAGUAAGAGAUAAGUUGAUAUAACUAAUAAGUGCUCGUGAAGUCAUUAAUGGGAGCCCAUACAAAGCUAACACUUAAACAGGAACCCUGAUAUAGAUACAGUAGGAUCAAUUGAAUUAGCAAAUAGAAUGUACGAAAUCUUUUCAGUUUAACUGGUAAUUGAAUUGCUUCAAUUAUCGUAAUUAUCGAAGAUCGAAUCGAGGAAGGAAGUCUAUAGUCGGAUGAGCUUAAAGAAUGGUUUGGUCUUCUUUUCGUCCUAAGGUAACAAGUACCGGGUUGGGGCAACUUUGACGCUCUUUUGUUCCACGACCGAAGGAAAGCACUUUUAGAUGAUGCUUCCAAUGCUACUAGCGAUGUGUAUCGGCACGCACUUCUUUUAAUGUGUCGUCUUUGUUUUUCGUACCCGAUCUGGGGCGGCGCAAGGGCUUUCUUUAACCCUUAGCUCGCCCGAGACUCCGAAACCUUCAUCGUAGCAAGGGCUGUCUUGUCUUUCCAGUCCCAAGCCGGAGCCGAGCCCGGAAUAAGGUAAUGAUCUUCCGUUAUGGAGUGUUGUUUAUGUGAUACGAGAUGUUGAGGACUACUCCGGCUCCUUUGUGUUUAGGGGAGCUCGAUAGUCGGCAAUCUCGUGCUCCUUACAACAAAGCCAGAGAGCCAGUUCUUUCCAACUAUCUUGGAGUUGCCCCCUAUUUCGAUCAUGCCUAUCCAGAUUCUCUCGAUCCAGCCGAACUUACUUCAACUCCACUCUCAUCUAAGCCCGUAAAGUCCUCCCUCUCUUCUUCCUUUCCCUCUACAACCUUGCUGGGAUUGCUUGAUUGGGUUAUCACGAGAUGCAGUUCAGUUAAAUAGAUAACUCCAUCUUUCCUGCCAGUCUGUCUAGCCCGUCUAGUAACAAUAUCUCCUCCCGUUCUAACAGACUGAAUCGGAACGUGUCAUUUCAGUGGUUUAAGCUCAAAAUCUAUCUGUAGAAAGAUUGAUCGGGGUAUUUCCUUUGGGGUCAUGGCUCUGAUAGAAAAGGUCUGCAUCCGGAAGAGGUUCCCAAAGAUUGUGGAGGACUGGGUAUUCGUAAAACUUGGUCUUUAGCUAAGCUCAACUGGUCUCUUUGUUGCUGAAAAUAGUGAGAAACUCUUAUCUAGAGUCAUUAAAGCUAAAUACCAGAAUAGGAAUAGGGUUGCAACCUCUUUUUGCAAAGGUUCUCACAUCUGGAAAAGCAUGGACAGGGGACUCUAUGCUAGCAGUGUACAAUGGAACAUAGGUAGUUCCAUAUCCCUCUCCCUCUGGUUUGGGGACCCUUAGAUCCCUUAUCUUUGGUCCUCUUUCACUCGUUUUUUUGCAAUUAUAAAGAAAAGAAGAUAAGAAAAAAAAGUUCUUUCUUUAUAGAAAUAUCAUAUAGUGGUGGUGGUAAGAUUCUUAGUGGAAUUCCUUUUAUAGCUCAACGAAAUCUCAUAAUUACUUUAUAGAGAGAGUCUAACUUCGCCGGAAUUGGGUUUGUGUUGAGUGUAUAGUUCACCCGCUAUAGUGACUUCAUACGACCAGCGGAUAAGCCCCCUCCCUGUACUACCUUCUUACUCGAUUUCUCUACAAGACCUUCUUUCACCUACAUUGGAAACUCUGACUAGAACCUGCCCCCACCCGGGACGAAGACCAUAGCUGCUCUAUUUUACACGCUUAACGAAGAAGGAAUGUGCACUCUAUAUUUACCCCCUUUCACUGGGACUACUGGCGACAGACAUACUGAAAAUGUCCCCCUUUAUACUCUAUUUCCAUAUCCUCCUACCAGUGGCUAUUUAUCACGGCCGGUUCAUCAAAUCGAAAAAGGGCACGGCGGCUAGGCUAUAAGUUAGCGGUUAGCUAUGCUAUAAGGGCUGCUCGCCUUUAUAUGGCAAUGGAGCUAAGUAAGAAAAAUGCUUAGGGUAGAGUUAUUUCCCUCCCCCCCUCCUUAAUCUAGCAUUGACAUUUUUCUUACCUUACUAUGUUUGUUUAAAAGGAGACCAGACCGACAGCCCACCACUGGAACUUGCUUUGCUCUCGCUCGGCUCACUCCCGCCUGUCUUCUUCCACCUGUAGUAAACUUUAAGAAAAAUCCUUCAGUUCACUACUGGUGGAACCUCACUGACCUUAUCGGGCAGUUACUCUAAGCUGGGGCCUCCGCCAGCUUAACUUUACACCCCAGAACGCUAUUUUUUGACACUUCGGCCCGUGCCUACUAGUGUCAGCCCUCCCUGUAGACUUUUUUCUCUCCCGAAUAAGGAUUCGAAGACCCAACUCGCUUAGGGAGAUAUACCUUAUCCCCUUCAUCCUUCUCUAUCUGGAUCUUCAUCUUCCUUUUUAAGGAUGAAUUUAAGCAGCAGAAGAACGAGAAUUUGAAUAAAGAGGCUAGUUAUCCAAAGGCUCAUAUCCACAGAAGAAUCAUGUAAAAAUAAGCGAUUUAGAACAUAUAAUGCAGGGAACAAAACGCCCCGAAGUGUGGUCUUUGAUUCUGAAAGAACGGAAUAGAUUGUUUGGUCCUUUAUUUUACUUAGUAGCCAUAAUAAGAUGAACAAGCAAAGAAUGGCAACGAGAAAGCAGAUUGUUAUUUUGGGGAAGGUCUCGCCUUCUUUUCUAAGAAUGAAACCCAAAAAAACAUUCGAGAUUAUAUAAACCCACAAUCCUAAUGUUUCUCCCCGUUCUGUCUUACUGAGACACAUGAAGUGAACACAUCCUGCCCCCGCGGCGGAUAAUAGAAUCACUAAAAGGAAAUUAAUAUAGCGGAAAACUCCUUAAUAAAAUAUAUAGAAACUCGGAAGAAGGAAGAGGAGAAUGAAAGAGAAGAAGACCCACAUAGGAAGUUGGUUGUUUUCCUUCUUCUCUCUAUAAUUGAAGCCAAACAGGAAUAUGAGUUCUAGUACUAAGGCAAUCUCCCAUAGGACCAUUUCCGGUGACAUGAAAAAGCGACUUGUCAAAA